CCCUACUUCAGAUGCAGAGUGAAGAUAAGAGAGUUGUGGAUCUAUACAUUCCAAGAAAAUGUGAAGCUACUAAUAAACUCAUCCAUCCCAAGGACCAUGCUUCUGUUCAUAUUAAUAUCGCUGAUGUCGAUGAAAAUGGAGUUAUUACAGGAACUUCUCAGAGCAUUACCAUAGGUGGAUAUAUGAGGAGAAGAGGAUAUGCUGACUGCGCACUUAAUAGACUCUUCCAUGACAAAGGACUUUUGUCUUUCAAUAAAUAAGAAAUAAGCAGAUAACCUUCUUUAAACCCCCAUAUAG